GUGUCACCGUUUAAUUGACACUGGCGUCACGAACUGUUAAAUACCUGCCUGUUCCAGUAUUUGCCCCAAUUGAAGACGACAGUGGAUCCCAGGUUAGUGGUCAAUCUGCACUACAAUGCCCAGCAAACACUACUGACUACCUGGGACACUGCAUCCUGCUUCCUCUUCACCACAAAUAAUAUAAAUGCCAUGAUACAGGUGAGGACGUAUGAUGUUCUGUUGGUGGCUGCUUCUGAGAAGGACCUAGUGGAAGCGGAGAGACAGAUGAAGAAGGAGCUAGUCUGUAAGCGGAUCACUAUAGAAGACAGGCGAGUGAUACAGAUGCCAGAAUGGGACAGUGUUAGAAUAAAUAUGGCCGACCUACUGAAUACCGAGAAGACAAUGGUGUUGAUGGACGCGAUUCCUACUGGAGCAGAGAAGGAGGUUGUGAUUUAUGGCCUGUCCUCAGCUGUAGAUAUUGCCUACCAACAAAUCCAUGAAUUCCUUAUGGAGAACACUGUGGUGCAGGAGGAGAUCGUGGUGAAAUCGAGGGCCAUUGUGGAGUUUAUUGAGAAGGAGAUUUUAGAUGUGGCUAGGUACAACAUAAACAUCACAAGGAAGGAUAACGGCAUCCGCUUAUCUGGCCCCAAGCAGUAUGUAAAGGAGCGGGCGGAACAUCUACGUUCUGCCAUCUCCAAACUUCAUUCUGAAACUCUUUAUAUCGAUAAACCGGGAGCCAAGAAGUUCUGUCUAGAAAAUGAAGAUGGCAAUGCUAAAUAUGCGCUGUCUAUGUACCGCUGUGCAAUACAUUUGGAGAAGGACGGUCAAGGAGAAGCAGUAGCACUGGAAAUUAAUCUGAAUGAACCGCUCUGCCGCCUAACGCUAGAAAAUGGAGUCACAAUUGCGGUGCACGCAGAUAACCCGUACCAGCAAAAGGUCGGUGUUGUGGUUAUUGUGACCAGUGAAGAUCUGAAGCCUAUGGGAGGAUUAGAGCAAACCUUACACAAUGAUCUUGUCCGUGCCGAAUGUGAAGCUGUCAUUCAGAAAGAGGGAAAACUGGCAGCAGGUGAAUCUAUCAUAACCAAUGCCGGCAACUUGCCGUGUAAGCAGCUGAUACAUGUGGUGAGCCCCAAAUCAGGGUCCAAGAGUAAAGGUCCUCUAUGUAAAGCCGUAAAGAGUGUCCUGGAUCUGGCUGCCAAGAACGGUCACACAUCUAUUGCACUUUCCGCCUCCAGCUUCGCUGCCUGUGGAUAUCCGGUGGAGACCUGCACAGAAUGCAUUGUGACCGCCAUCCAGCAGCACAUGGAAAGUCAAGAAGGCAGCAGCUCCAUCAGAUACAUCCACCUGGUGGACAGCGAGGACCGCAUCGUCAAGGCUUUCAUCCAGUCCCUGAGUGACGAGUAUGAAGAGAAAAAUAUCCAGUUCACCUCAAAACAAGAAGUGAAAAAACUGAAAGCACAAAAGAGCAAGAAUGACGGCGGCGCUGCAGACAAAUACAAUAGGCAAAUGGUGACCACCAAGGAAGGGCUGAAAAUCAAGAUCAUCCAAGGGAAUAUUCAAGACGCCACCAGCAAUGUGAUUGUGAACAGUGUGGGUAAAGAGCUGGAUCUGAGGUCCGGAGCCGUGUCCAGCGCAAUAUUCAGGAAGGCCGGGGCCAGACUACAGGACCUACUCAACAGAGAGAAGCCGCAAUCUGCAGUGACGGACGGCUGCGUGUUCAUCACGGACGGCUGCGGCCUGCCCUGCCACCUCGUCCUACAUGCUGUGGUUCCCCGGUGGGACGAGGGACAAGGAUCUUCUGAGCAGGUGAGAAGGAAUCGCACAGGGAGAG